AUGGACCCGAGCGUUUUAACGUACGCGGCUUACUUGAGUGGCGCCACUCCGUUCGUGCCUCCCACCUUCGGCUAUGGUCAAGCCGGCGGGUCACAACUGUCACAACAACAAGACGAACCCGAACCCGAUGUCGAUGUCGUGCCGGAGACGCAAACCGAACCGGUGCAAGAGAAAUCGAAACGCGGCAGAAGGUCGCAUAAGAAGAAGGAAAAGGACGAACCUCGACGUACGAAAACUCACCUUAAAUGGACGAAGGAUGAGGAAUUCGUGUUGACUCGGGCGUGGCUCGACAUUUCGGAGGACCACGAAACCGCAAGCUUUCAAAUGGGCCCCGUUUUUUGGGAUAGGGUUCGUGCACUCUUUUAUAGCACGUGGGUUCAAGGCGAACAUCGGGACAAAGAUUCCAUUUCUAGCAAAUGGACCGACAUCAACAACAAGUGUCAUGCGUUCCAAGAAGUGUACCAACUUAUGUCUGCUCUUGACUUUAUAAAAAGCGAUGACACUUCCGAUGUUGCUUUUGAUGAUGUUGGUGCUACCCCUGGUGAGGAUGCAGUUGUUAGGGGUUCUGAUUAUAGGUUCGAGGGUUCUGAGUAUGUGAAUGUCCCCAAUGUUAAAGGUUUUACCAAGGCUACUGCUUCCAAGGGUUCUACUCGUCGUUCACAACGCCAUCUGAAGGGUUGA